AUGACUGCCACUACACUUACAUUAAACUUGGCAUACAGCUUCAGAAUUGAUCCAAAAGCAACUAGAAAAUCACCCGGCUAUCAAACAUUCUAUGAGACCAACAAUGGAUUGUGGAAGACUCAUUUGAAUGAUUUGACAGGUGAAUCAUACAAAGUCAUGGAUAACUUGUCUAAAUUGACCCUGAUUUGCAGCGAGAUAAAUCUGGGUGGGAACUUGGUGAAUCAUGUUGAGCUAGUGCCGCCUCUGAUGAACAAUCAUCGUAUUAUUGUCCAUAUACAUGGUGAAGAGUCAUUUAUAACCAAAUCAAAGACAAAAAUACUACACUCCUACAAUUAUGUCAGCUCUAAAACUACCACUCUUGAUGAGUCGCAGUACAUGAAGAUUGAUGAAGAGUUUAUUCACAAAAUGAACAAAAUGUGUCAACGAUAUCAAGUGGAAGUCAUAAUCAACAACGAAAGGUCGUCUUUUAGUAAAAAGGGAUCAGAGCCAGCCUACUCCAUACAUAUCAUUGGUCAACACGAUAACGUAACAUUCUUUGGCACUUCACUAAAGGUGUUGAUUGACCUGCAUUUGAACAACUAUACUAUAGAUUCUUAUUCGCUACCACUAAGCUUAAUUCCAUUGACAGGAGGUGUAAACUUGUCCAAUUUCAAACAAAUCGCCAAGCAAACAGGCUCAAAUAUCUACAUACCAGACUUGUUACCAAACAUUUUCAAUUCAAACAUUGUCACUGGUAAUUUUGACAUGACAGUAUGGAUUACUGCUAAAUACGCCAUGGACAUAAUAUCUACUAGAUCUAUUUUAGACAAGACACUCUACAAAAAUAGUCAACUCAUUUCGAAAAAGAUCAAACUCAGCCAGUCAAAACUUGAUCUAACUCUUUUGCAUAACCAACAAGAUAUUAUUGAUUUGAUGGUGAAACAUGGUGUAUUUAUACAGUUGCCAAGUUUGGGAGAAGAGAAUCAGUCAAUUGUAAUCCAAGGACUAACCACUGAUGCAAUUGACGAAUGUGUCAAAGACAUUGGUUCAAUAUUAACCCACUACUACACAGUCUCAGGUGUAUGUACCAACAAAAAUGAAGUGAUGCAAAUGUGUCAAUACACAAAGACAUGCAUAGUUGAAUGGACCGGCAACUGUUACGAAAUCAAUGGACUGCACAAGGAAAUGAAAUCGAUAAUUGACCAGUUGUCACUACUUUCAUCAACAUUGAAUGUACGCAUUGAAGUCAACAACGACCAAAAAGAUUUCAUUAGUGGUAAAAAGAAUGGGAAAUUGGUUAAAAUUCUCAAUCAAGUCAACAAUACUCCAUCGAUCAAAUUUGUACCCUAUAAUGAAUUACGAUUCUUUAUUGACAUUGAGUCAUCGUCAUCAAUAAUAGGUCACGUUAUCGACUUGAUUGAGUUGGAGUUACCGCUGGAGUUGAAAUUCAACAUCCCAGAAGUAUUCCACAAGUCAAUUAUUGGUAAUGGGGGAUCAAUGAUUCAAUCAAUUAUGAAAAGGUAUAAUGUCUUUAUCAAAUUCUCAUCCAAUUUCGACACUUCAACCGAUGUUUACUCCUUAUCGCGUCAGCCAAAUGUAUUGAUCAAAUGUCCACGCAAAAACAUGGCCAAUAUUCCACUAGUUAAGCAGGAGAUUGACGAUUUGGUGUUGAAAUAUUGUAUGAAUGAUGUGCAACAGCAGAAUGUCUCCAUUUAUUACAAUAUGAGGUUCCAAAUUUUGAAAAGCCAGUAUAUGAUGUUGGUAAACAACAACAAGCUUCAUUUAAUCAACCAAUAUGAGCAUGAUUACAAUUCAUUUAUCGACUUCCCAAAUUCAAUCGAUGCAUUCAAGAUGAACAAUGUUGUUGAGUUUAACAUUAAAGGAUCAGAAUCUAAAAUCAAGUCAUGCGCCAAGCAAUUGCAAUCCAUUCUUCCAUCAAGUUAUGAAUUCAAAUUUGCUGGGAAUGUAACCAAAUUCAAGCAAUACUUUAAAGCAACAAGGGCAUUUGAAGAUGAAAUUGUGAUUCCAUUCAAAAUCAUACUUGGAUAUGAUGUAAAUGUCAAUGAAACACCAGUGAACUCUGAGUUACCAUACCAUCAAAUUAUACUAUCAUAUUAUAGUGAUGACAAGAUACACGAAGCGAUCGAAUCUAUGACAUUUUGGUUGAGAGACCACGGAUUCUUGAUCUAUGAAAAAGGUGAAAUGGACUUCAACUCAAUCUUGGAAUCUUCGUUAUCUUCUCCAAUCAAGCUUCAAAGAUUUUCAAAUCAAAUCCCAUUACAAUCCAUCACGGAUGUAAACAUCAACAUGGCAGCCACAACACCUUCAGGCUCUCCAACGAAGAAAUACCAAUCCAAACAUUCAGCACCCGACACAGUGUCAUCGCCAAUAAAGAGUUAUAUGGUUUCUCCAUCACGACAACAGUUGAUGAUGUCGUCACCGAUCAGGAACAGCACGUGUCUGCCAUGGAUUGGACCUCAGUCUCCAACCAAACAAAAAUGGCCGCUUCAGCAAUCACCAGUAAGGUUCAACAACAACAACAACUACCACGGGUUUGAUCAACUUCAACAACCGCAGGUGAAGUUGCUGCCGGUAAAGUUUAACUUGGAACCUGUACUUGGUAAGGGAAAUUAUGUAUACAAUGUGUAA